GACGUGGUCUCUGGCAGCUUCAAUGCGAUAAGGAAGGCGAACCACCGAGCUGCAUCUUAGUCCUCCAGGGUGCUUAGAGAGACCUUGGGAAUACAAGUCUCGUCCCCAGCGCGGGGGGCGGGGGGAUAAUAACGCACUUCCGGCUGGGUUUGUUUUUCUCACUUUCACCAGCUAAAGUGAGACCUAAAGGCUAUGGUCACGGGUGUGUUGUGUCGGUAGGGGCCAUUUCGGGCCUCGUUUGUGAAAGGGACUGGCAGUACGUCCCGUUUUGUCCUUCUUGUUCGAGUUGGACGGUCCAGAGACUCCAAUGGCUGCGGGUGCCGGGGUCGCCGCGCCACCGCUCGGUGCCGGGCUUUGUACGGUGAAAGUGGAGGAGGACUCACCCGGAAGUCAGAAGCCCUCCGGACCCGGGGGUUGGCAGAACCCCGAAACUUCUCGAAAACAGUUCAGACAGUUGCGCUACCAGGAAGUGGCGGGCCCGGAAGAGGCGCUGAGCCGACUCUGGGAGCUCUGUCGGCGGUGGCUGAGGCCGGAGCUGCGCUCCAAGGAGCAGAUCCUGGAGCUGCUGGUGCUGGAGCAGUUCCUCACCAUCCUGCCGCAGGAGCUCCAGGCCUGCGUGCGGGACCUCUGCCCUGAGAGCGGGGAGGAGGCUGCGGCGUUGGUGCGGACUCUACAAAGAGCACUGGACCGAGCCUCCCCACAGGGCCAUGUGACUUUCAAGGAUGUGGCCGACUUCCUGACCUGGGAAGAGUGGGAGCAGUUGGCUGCAGCUCGGAAGAGUUUCUGCAGAGAGAGCACGAAGGACCGUGACGGCACAGUUCUGCCUGGUUUGGAAACCAGAGCUUCAAGCACAGACUGGAUUCCAAAGCAAGAAAGUUUAAAGGAAGCAGAAUCACAGGCAUGGGUGCAAGAAGUGUCCCAGGGAAAGGUCCCACUAUUUACCAAAUGUGCUGAUACCGUUGAGGACUGGGAAGAAAAACUGCCAAAAGACACUGUAUUGUUGCAGCUCCAGCGUUCUCCUGAAGAGCAAGGAUGCACUGCCAUCCCUCAUCUCAUUAGUGUGUCCAAGGAAGGAGUUUCUGAGAGUAAUGAAUUUGGGAACAGUGCCAGCUUUGGCCUUGGUCAGCACAUCCAGACAGCUAAGAGUCUCAGUGCCACUGGUGCAUAUGGGAGUGACCACAAACAAAGCUUCCAUGUGAAAUGCCGUACAGCAAAAGCUCACAACUCUGUUGACAGUAGUUUGGGGCUCCAUGAGGACAAACCCUACAAAUGUGACAGCUGUGAGAAGAGGUUCAGACAGCGCUCAGACCUUUUUAAACACCAGAGGACCCACACAGGUGAGAAGCCCUAUCAGUGCCAAGCAUGUGGGAAAAGCUUCAGCCAGAGUGCUGCCCUUGUUAAACACCAGCGGACACACACAGGUGAGAAGCCGUAUGCCUGCCCAGAGUGCGGGGAAUGCUUCAGACAGAGCUCGCACCUCAGUCGGCAUCAGAGGACCCACGCCAGCGAGAAGUACUGUAAAUGUGAGGAGUGCGGGGAGGUCUUUCAUGUCUCUAGCCUUUGUAGACAUCAGAGACUCCAUAAAGGGGAGAGACCAUACAAGUGUGAGGACUGCCAGAAGAGCUUCAAACAGCGCUCAGACCUCUUUAAGCAUCAGAGAAUCCACACGGGAGAGAAACCCUAUGUGUGUUUUGUCUGUGGGAAAAGCUUCAGUCAGAGUGCAACCCUCAUUAAACACCAGAGAACUCACACGGGAGAAAAACCUUAUAAAUGUCUUCAGUGUGGUGAAAGAUUUAGACAGAGUACACAUCUUGUCCGACACCAGAGAAUCCACCGAGCCACAGUCUCCUAGCUUUCAUGUGUCUCUGUGUGACUUGUGGGUGUUGCUGCUGUUUUUGAGAAAAGGUCUCAUUGUGCAGCUCUGGCUGACCUGGAAGAAGCUAUAUAAAGCAGGCUGGCCUCAAAUGUGGAGACCAACCUGCCUCCGCCUCCAUCUCCUGAGUGCUGAGAUUAAAGGUGUGCACCACCAUGCCCAGCAUGACUUAUGUUUUGAUUCUUCAGUUGUUUCUUUGUCCAGAAACUACAUUCUUUGUCAUUUGGAACAUUUUAGUCACUCAUAGAUUUCCUUAGGCCUCUCACACAGGAGACAUUGGAUCUGAUUUGAACAAUUUUGUCUGCUUUUUGAGAUAGGAUUUCAUUGUGUAGCUCUGGCUGUCCUGGAACACAACUAUGUAGACUUGGCUGGCCUAGAACUCAAAGAUUCUCCUCCCUCUGCCUUCCAAGUGCUGGGAUUAAAGACAUGUACCACCAAGCUUGGCUUGAUUUGAACCUUAAUACAUGCUUUUUCAAAAUAUUUAUUUAUUUAUUAUGUAUACAAUAGUCUGUCUGUGUGUAUGCCUGCAGGCCAGAAGAGGGCACCAG